AUGGCAACUACUGGGUGGCGCAACUCAUCACCCACUGCACGCGCCUCCAUGAGCCGCCGCUUUACACUCUCCGGAUUUUUGAAUCGGCCCACCCCUGACAACGCCUUCGCGUUUACCAAUUUGUUCAAGUAUUACUCCAAGUGGGGCAACCGGAUGGAUGCCAAUGUAACAGCUGAUGAUUUUGUGUACCCGUUGUUGAUUAAAUCGUCUGGUAAAUCUGGCAUUGCUUUCCAUGCCCAUUUGUUGAAAUUGGGUCGUCUCCGUGAGAAGUUUAUCGACAAUGCGAUUAAGAGUUGGUACGGGAAGAAUGGCCCUAUUCAGUCUGCUUGGAACAUGUUUGAUCAAAUGUCUGAGAAGAGUGUCGCUGAUUGGAACUCCGCUAUUUCUGCGAGUUGGAACUAG